AUGUUCAUCAUCCAGUCGAAUCAGCCCAACUAUUGCACUAACACCUUCGCGUCAAGCUCAUGCCAUACUGAAUACGAUGGCAAAGUGGAAUCCGCUCUUCAGGCAAAAACCUCCCUGGGUGGUCUUUCCCGAGGACUUCGUCGUUCCGGCAGUAAUGUGUCCGAAUUGUCGCUGCCAGAACGUUGCGAUUAUGACGUUACACAGGUUGAGUUCGACUUUUCCCUGAAAUCUCAGCAAUCGAUUCAUAUCCGCGUUGAAACACCAUGCGGUGAAAUUGGUACUCUUGAGUUCAACGAAUUCAUCACUGAACAUGUGUUUCGUCCGAUGCAACAUGGAUGCGGUAAUGGUGUUUGGAAAAUCGAUGUUCUACAAAUUGUUGACGGAAGCGAAACAGUACGCUCAUCCGUUUCGAUGCCUAUCAACGGUGUCGGCACAUUGUUCUUCGUGAUCGGCGAUGAUCUACGCCCAUUUCUCGCCGACAAAGAAUUCCUGAACAUCCCCGGUGCUUGUCGUAAGCAUAGUGUUUGA